AUGCUUUCAUUUCUUGCUGAAAAGAAAUCCAAGCUAAUCGUAGUUGGCGCAGGAAAAUGGGGUCUGAAUCACGUCUCUACUGCGUAUCAGCUCCAAGCGCUUGUCGCGGUCGUCGACCCACAUCCCAACGCCCUCGACCAAGCGCGUGAACGUCUCAGUCCGGACACACAGGUCGAGUACUUCGGUGCUUUAUCCUCAGCUAUGCAGGCUCAUCCAGAAGCUUCUAUUGUCGUUGCCACGCCCCCUGCCACUCACUACUCCAUUGCCAAGCAAGCUAUCCAUGCUAGUAGACAUGUGCUGGUUGAAAAGCCACUCUGCGUCAAUGUUCAACACGCCGCAGAGCUUACCCGUCUCGCAAGUUAUAAAAAAGUAACUCUAAUGGUCGAUCACUUACUUCAGUAUAGUUUACAACAUCGCCGUCUGUUACAACUUGUCCGCACCGGCUUCGUUGGAGAGGUUACCAGGGUACGUAUGUCUCGCAUGAACUUUGGUACCGUUCGAACGGAGGAGAACGUCUUGUGGAGCUUCGCCCCCCAUGAUAUCUCAAUCUUACUAUCUAUCUGUGGGGAUCAAGAACCAGCUACAGUACAAUGCGUGGGCCAAAAGGUCGUGACGUGUGGUAUCGAUGACUAUAUCGAUAUGAGUCUCAGAUUUGCAGACGGUGUGCAAGCUCAAAUCGAAGCAAGCUGGCUUCAUCCAUUGAAGGAGCGUCGCCUCAUUGUGUAUGGCUCGAAGGGGGCUCUUAUUUUAAACGAGGCCAUGCCAGAUGACAGAGCUCCGAAAAUUCAAGGAUUCAAAUGGUCGGCUAAAAGAAAAGCUGAUGGCUCAGGAGUCGUCAUUGAAAAGCAAGAAGAAGAUCUCAUAAGCAAACUCGUGGAUAAGCCUCCUCUGGCACUCGCAGUGGAGCAUUUUCUGGAAUGCCAGUCAAGUGAUAAACCCCCGCAAACUGACGGCAAGGAGGGCAUUCGGGUAUUGAAAGUGCUCUCUGCAGCCGCUGACUCGCUCAGCAGGGACGGUGCUCGAGUGGACCUUUCGACUGGGACACAGUGCCCACAAGUUUUUGUUCAUAGCACUGCCGUAGUUGACAGCGGUGCUGUUAUUGGCCCUGGUACCAAGAUUUGGCACUUUUCGCAUAUCAUGCCCGGAGCAAAACUCGGACCGUCAUGCAACGUCGGUCAGAACGUAUACAUCGGUGGAAAGGCUUCCCUGGGGCGAAACGUCAAGGUCCAGAACAACGUCUCCCUCUACGAUGCCGUGACAAUUGCAGACGAUGUGUUUUUGGGGCCCAGUUGUGUAUUGACCAAUGUUAAAAACCCCCGUUCCCACGUCAGUAGAAAAGAUGACUACCUUCCGACAACAAUUGGAAAAGGAGCAACGAUCGGCGCAAAUGCAACAAUUGUCUGCGGUGUGCGCAUCGGCAGUUAUUCAUUCAUUGGGGCUGGCGCUGUUGUUACCAAAGACAUACCAGCGCAUGCACUUGUGUACGGGAACCCAGCUACCAUUCACGGAUGGGUUUCGACGACUGGGACCAAACUUAUUCAGGUCGCUGAUCUCGGGGAAGGCUCGAAGAUUCUUCAAUGCACUGAGUCCAAGGAGGUUUAUUGUUUACACGAAAAAGGUCGCGAUGGUUCGGGAAAGCCUUGUCUUCACGUCUUGGUGCCAAUUGCCUUUUGUCUGAAGGGACCAAGUGUGGAAGUUGGGAGAUAA